AUGUUGAAAUCUCUUGAUACAGCCAAAGCAACAGGACCUGAUGGUAUUCCCGCUAAGUUAUUAAAAGAAACAGCGGACGUUAUUGCACCUUCUUUGUGCACACUCUUCAAUAAGUCAAUUUCCUCGGGAUCAUUACCAGACGAGUGGAAAACAGCCAACAUAGUACCGAUACACAAAAAGGGUGACAACGAACACGCCGAGAACUACCGUCCUAUUUCUCUACUGUGCAUUAUCUCGAAGGUUUUAGAACGCUGUGUGCUAAAUAACGUCAAAUACCGUUUACUAGAAGCAGUCAACAUCUGUCAACAUGGGUUUAUAUCCGGACGAUCUUGUGUGACUAACCUGAUUGAUGCCCUCAACUACGUUGGGUCAUGCCUGGAUCGUGGUGGACAAAUUGAUAUGAUUUACAUGGACAUGUCCAAAGCUUUCGAUAAGGUCAACCAUGAUGUACUGAUCCAAAAGCUGCGUAACGACUAUGGUUUUGGAGGCAACCUGCUCAGAUGGUUCCGCUCAUAUCUGACAAAUCGCAAACAGCGCGUAACAGUGUUCGGAGCUACGUCAAACCCUCUGUCUGUAACUUCUGGAGUGCCACAAGGUUCUAUCCUUGGCCCAGCAUUGUUUCUCUUGUACGUCAACGAUCUGCCGAGUACAGUUAAAUCAAGUCAAGUUGUAAUGUUCGCGGAUGACACGAAACUCUUUAAAGAAAUACGAACGGAAAACGAUGCAAAACAACUACAGAACGACAUUAGUAACCUCGAAUCUUGGUCAACCACUUCAGGCUUAUCAUUUAAUGGAACUAAAUGCAAAGCACAGACAGUUACUCGUAAGCUUAAACCGAUCACUACCAGCUACACAAUGAAAGAUUGUCAGUUAACAUCUACCAAAAAUGAGCGUGACCUUGGUGUCUGGAUAUCCACCGACUUAAGAUGGAACAAACAAGUGAACCAACAGUGUGCUCGCGCAAACAAAGAGCUAAGUUACAUUAGGAGAAACACACGGACAAUCCACAACACAACAACAAGGCGAACCAUCUACCUAGCUCUCGUACGUUCACAUCUCGGUUACGCGACCCAAGUAUGGACACCUCAGUCGGUUGAAUUACUGACGAAAGUAGAAAGAACUCAACGACGUGCGACGAAAUUCAUCCUUAACCUGCCAUUUACUUGUUCUGUUGACUAUACAUCCAGACUGCAGGCUCUCCAACUACUUCCAAUAUGCUAUUGGCACGAGUAUCUUGAUAUGGUGUACUUUUUCAAAGUAAUCCACGGCUUAACAAACUCGUCCUUUGUUUUACGUAAGAAAACGAGACUGAACACAAGAGCUUCUAACAACACCAAUACAGCGAAGUACGAAGUACCGCAAUGCAGAACAACGACUUUCCAAAAAUCUUUUUGGAUUAGAACAAUCCGAACUUGGAACACUUUAACGGACACGUUAGACUUAAGUAUGGAAAACCUGGGCACGUUUAAGUCAGUAAUGCAAAGAUAUUAUUUUGCCGCAUUGGAGAAAGCGUACGAAUGUGAUGAUCCAAGAACAUUUAAAACUAUCUGCCCGAAAUGCAACAGUGCAAGAACGUUAACCGAACCAGUGAACUGCUGUUUUUAGGCGUUUUAAUUGUAUAUAUGUUUGUGUUUUAAUCUUUUGGGCCCACAGUAAUUGGCUUUUCAGGCUGUUGUGGUUACCCAGCCAUCAGUUUAGUGUGUUUGUAUUUGUGUUUGUGUUUGUGUUUGCGUUGUGUGGGUGCGUAUGUGUUUAUGUCUAUAUCACACAAUGAUGGAAAAGCAAUUAAAUUAAAUUAAAUUAAAUUAAACAUGCAUACUCAGUGACGUCACGCGCGUGUUCAGUCGCUAGCAAAAACAAUACAAACUUUGAUAAGAUUUUGAUGGAAAAAAGUUGCGGAGAAACUGUUUAAUAUGCUGGGAAUAAAAAGUAAUAGACAGAAUAAUUUGAUAAUGUUCUUCAGCAUCUGGGCUGCUGGAUUUGCCAUGAAAGACAUUGUGUUUGAGUGGAUGUAGUCGCUUGUUUGGAGGGACAAAACUAUAAACAAUACUCCGAUUGCCGAACAAGGCAUCUAGGAAGUUUUCCUAGGAACAUUCCUAACGUUAUUUAAUUGUAUAGUCUGAAACGCAACAAUUAUAAUAAGGCAUCUUUUAGUUUAGCUCGUUCACUAUAACUUGUUGUACCUCCAUACAUCAACUAGACCCAGUCUCUGCUCGAUUGGGAAAUGGCUAAUUGUAUUUUUUUGCCUUUCGCCGAAUAUAUAUCCAUCAGUUUUUAUCAGAAGCAUUGCAAGUACUUUCUAUGACCUGUUUUAUACGUCGAAUUUCGGUCGCGUCGAAUUUAAUUCAAACAAUUAUUAUAAACGCGAUACUGAAACAGUUAUUGGAUGAGGCCUAUCAGUCGUGAGUCGAAGGCGAGAUUCGGAGGUUGAUGAUGAUGAUUCGGGAUAUGAGAAAAACCGAAUUCAAUAACCGUUUCAUUAUACGUUGCGUUCUCAUUAACUCUUUCGACAAAUCGUGAUUUAGUUGCGCGAAACAACGUUUGGUUCUAAACUGAAAGCAGUGAAAACGACGAUUUAAAAUCUCACAACAACAGCAUGAAUGUCAGAAAAAUCAGUAUCUCAUUUACCUAAGUUUCGACAAAAAUGCUUUUACCUUUAAUUUAUUUCCGAGCUAGCUACAAAUAAGCUCUGUUUUAUGUCACUUGUAUUGUCGAGAAUUCGCCUCCAAAAUGUAGGCCUCGACAAGUCACAAAUGUUCGAAGUAACAAAAAUGUGUAUUCAAACAAAACAUAAAAUUUACCAAAGAUAUAAAACAACAUUAAAAGGUUCACAAUGGUCACGAUUACGUAUAGGUAGCGCCCGGGCUAUUAUCCUUCUUUCACAAUACAAUUUCUCACUCGUCAAUUUCUCACAAUACAUUUCUCACUAGUUAGGUUUAUUUGUAUGUAUAAGUAUGUAUGUGUGUGUAUAUGUGUAUUGAUAUAUACUUUCUUGUAAAAUACUCUUCAGAAAUUGGAGGUAAUAAAGAUUUUAAACUCACUCACUCACUCACUCACUCACUCACUCACUCACUCACUCACUCACUCACUGUCACAGUCCAACUACGAUUGUUCAACUAACUCUCUGCUCUCUUUCGCGACUAUUUCACUCACACCCUCACUUUGACAUGCACUUGCCACAUUUAAGGGGAAUUGUAAAUCUUCUUUGGAAAAUACGAAGGCGAAACUAGAAUCAUGUGAGAUUGAGUUAAAUAAAAAUGAAGAAAACAUAGCAAAACAUGAAAGCAAUUUUCAAAAGCUAUCUAAAGACCUUGAGAAACUUAGAAAGGAAACAAAAGAAAUUGGCAAAGUAAAAUCAAUUAGUAAAAACCCAUUAGCGAUAACAAUUGAAAACCAAUCUUCUGAGUCAAACAAAAAUAUAUACGUAGAAGCUGCAAAUACAAUUUUGAGCUCAGAAGAAAUUAAAACAAAAAAAACUGACAAAGCAAAAUCAAUUAGGGAAAAUUCAUUAGCGACAACAAUUGAAAUCCUAUCUCCUGAGGCUAAUAAAAAUACAUAUGCAGCAGCUGUAAACAUAAAUGCAAAUCUGAGCCCAGAAAAUCACUCGAGUGUUCCAAAAACUAAUCCAACAAAACAUAGUUCCAAAGACAGUUCUCAAUUACUGAAACCGGCAAAGGGAAACAACAGCCCGAAUAAGCAACACAGUCAUGAAGCUCAUAGUGAUCAUUCAGCAACAAGCAGUGUUAACGAUGACCAUGAUUUAUUUGUCGGAGUUGAAAAGAGGAAAAUAAAACGACUCUAUUUAGGGGGCGUACGCGAAGGGGUAACAGAUAAGUUAAUUUCAAACUAUAUCAAUAAAAAGGGAAUUACCCCAACGUUUGUAAGAUUAAUGAAAAGCAAGAGGAAAGGCACCGUAGCCGUCCGAGUAAACGUUCUAAGUGAAGAUUUUGAUCGCGCCUCGGAGAAAGACUUUUGGCCUAAGCACGUAUACGUUAGGGAAUGGCUUUCUAAACAAAAGUGGGUAAACAAAAAUAGCUCGAAUGUCGGACCUACGAAAAUUGACGAAAAUUAA